UUCUACUGAGAACCAGUAGCACACAAACGAGGGAAAGCAAAGUCGGAUAAGUCCUCUACCAGAAACUGAGAAAGCCUUUCUGAAAUUUUACGGUCGAAAUGCCAAGAAUAGACAAUGACAUCAAGCUGGACUUCAAAGAUGUCUUGUUUCGACCCAAGAGAAGCACAUUGCGAAGCCGAUCAGACGUGGAUCUUGUAAGAACUUUUCAGUUUCGAAAUUCAGGCCAGACUUACACUGGUAUUCCAAUUAUGGUGGCUAACAUGGACACCACAGGAACGUUUGAGAUGGCCAAGGCCAUUGGAAAGCAUUUGAUGUUCACAGCCAUUCAUAAACAUUAUACUGUGGAUGCAUGGGUUGAGUUCGCCAGGGAAAACAAAGAUAUUUUAGAGCAUGUAGCUGCAAGUACAGGAACAGGUUCUGGUGAUCUGAAGAAACUCAAGGAAAUACUUGAUGCUGUCCCGGGCGUCAAAUAUAUAUGUGUGGAUGUAGCCAAUGGUUACUCUGAACAUUUUGUACAGUUUGUACGAGACUGUCGUAAAGAAUUCCCGAAACAUACUAUUAUGGCUGGUAAUGUGGUCACUGGUGAAAUGGUUGAAGAAUUGAUACUGUCUGGUGCUGAUAUCAUCAAGGUUGGUAUAGGACCCGGCUCAGUAUGCACUACCAGGAAGAAGACUGGUGUUGGAUACCCCCAGCUCAGCGCAGUCAUAGAAUGUGCCGAUGCUGCACAUGGUCUUGGUGGACACAUUAUUUCAGAUGGUGGAUGUACUUGCCCGGGGGAUGUUGCCAAAGCAUUUGGAGCAGGUGCUGACUAUGUGAUGGCGGGUGGAAUGUUUGCCGGUCAUGACGAGUCUGGUGGAGAAAUUGAGGAAAAGAAUGGAAAGAAGUUUAAAAUGUUUUAUGGCAUGAGUUCAGCUACAGCCAUGAAAAAACACGCAGGAGGUGUGGCCGAAUACAGAGCAUCUGAAGGAAAGACGGUACAAAUAGAGUAUCGUGGACCUGUAGAAAUCACAGUACAGGAUAUCCUCGGUGGUCUCAGAUCAACAUGUACUUACGUAGGAGCGGGAAAACUUAAAGAAUUGAGUCGAAGAACUACUUUUAUACGAGUAACUCAACAACUGAAUGAGGUGUUUGCAGCCAGUACUAAGGAACAUUGAUAUGUUGUUACGUAUAGGAGUUUUACUUAUUGUUUUAUUUAUAGCAAAAUGCUACAUUUAAGUGUCAAGUCCCUUGUUACGGCAGAAAAAACAUCAAAAUACCGGUGUAAUAAACAUUUUACUGCAAUACAAGUCACUUCUUUAUUUGAAAAAGAAAAUGAAAAAAGCU